AUGCGCACUCCCCGCAGUGGGAGUCGCAUGAGCAUGAGCAGCCGACAGGGUGGGAGUCGCGCCUCUGAUGAGGAAGCAAAGACCGCAGUCAAAGUUGGUACCUGUUCGAGUUCGCCCCCCCUCAAACCAACUGACCCCGGUUACGAGUUGAUUCCCCAGCGAUUCCAGCGCUCCAUGGUCCACGUCACAACCCCGACAAGCUUAGCAGUCGAUGUUCCACAAGGCCGCAAGCUAUUCGUUUUCGACCGUGUUUUCGCCGAGACCGUCGACCAGGAUGGAGUCUGGGAAUACCUUAGCGACAGUGUAAACUCCUUCAUUCAGGGCUACAAUGUUUCGAUCCUCGCCUAUGGCCAGUCGGGUGCCGGUAAAUCGUACACAAUGGGUACCUCCGGUCCUAGCGAACAGAGCCAUGAUGAGGCGAUGGGUAUCAUUCCUCGCGCUGCGCAAUUGCUAUUCGAGAAACUGGACGGCCCCAAGCACAAUCGUAAUGGCUCCAACCCCACUGGGCUCCGAACUCCGCAGCGCUACUCGAUGAGCUCUGCAUCGAGCUUUGGGAAACCACAGCAGGAAAAGACGUGGCAGUUGAAGGCCACAUACGUCGAGAUCUACAAUGAACACUUACGGGAUUUGCUGCUUCCUGACUCGACCUCCGCGGCUGAUCGCAGUACUGUCACCAUUCGCGAAGAUGCCAAGGGACGCAUUAUUCUCACCGGGCUUCACCAGGUGAACAUCAACUCCUUCGAGGACUUGAUCGGCGCAUUGAACUUUGGUUCCACCAUCCGGCAAACGGACUCGACUGCGAUCAACGCCAAAUCGUCACGCUCGCACGCCGUGUUCAGCUUGAACCUCGUUCAGCGCAAGACUCCAUCAAAUUCACCUGCCUCUCCAUCAACCAAGGAGAAGCGCAUGUCAAUGCCGGUGGACUCUUACUCCAGCGAAUCUGUGACCGUGGACAGCAAACUUCACUUUGUUGAUUUGGCAGGAAGCGAACGUCUGAAAAACACCGGUGCUUCUGGCGAGCGCGCCAAGGAAGGCAUUUCAAUUAACGCUGGUCUUGCCGCCCUUGGAAAGGUCAUCUCCCAAUUGUCCUCGCGCCAAUCCGGAUCCCACGUUUCAUACCGCGAUUCUAAACUUACCCGUCUUCUUCAAGAUUCCCUGGGCGGCAGCGCCAUCACGUACAUGAUUGCUUGUGUGACACCAGCGGAAUUCCACUUGAGCGAAACCCUCAACACCGUUCAAUAUGCGCAGCGCGCGCGCGCAAUCCAGAGUAAGCCUCGCAUCCAGCAGAUCGCCGACGAUAGCGACAAGCAGGCUCUUAUCGAGCGUCUGAAGGCCGAGGUGGCUUUUCUUCGCCAGCAGAUCCGCAAUUCCGAGGGAUCUGAGCGCCGCGAAGCUGUGUCAACGGAGCGCAACGAACGCAAGAACGAGCGCGAAAUCCAGCUGCAAAACCAGCUGCUCGAUGUUCAGGAGAGCUACAAUGCUCUGAGCCAGCGCCACACCAAGCUGAUCUCGACCUUGGCCAGCGACUCAGAGACCGCCAAGGUUGAUGCCGAUGACGCUACAGCUGAUAUCGGCCGAGACGCCAUCGAGCGGAUGCAGCGCUCGCGCUCUUUCGCUGAGUCUGUCGAGCAGGUCGUGCUGGAAUACGAGAAGACCAUCCAGUCUCUGGAAGCCUCGCUCUCUGAUACCCGCGCUUCAUUAGCGACUACUGAGAGCACACUACUGGAGCGCGAAACCAAAUGCACCUACGUCGAGACAGUUAAUCAACAGCUUCAAUCCCGCAUUCAGAAAUUUUUGGACCGAGAAGUUGGCAAUGAAGCUUACCUGCGUGAGUUGGAAUCCAAGUUGGACGGCGCGUCGACUGGCGAGGAGCAGCAUGCUUCCAUCGUAGCUGAGCUCCGCAAGGAGAUUGCUCGUGCUCGCGAAAACGAAGUUAGCUGCGAGGAGUACAUCUCAACGCUCGAGGACCGCCUCGCUGAGGCUGACCAAGACAUGGAGCUCAUGCAACGUGAGGUCAUCCGUCUUGAGAAUGUCAUUCACCGCCAACGUGGUCUGGGUACGCUCGACAAUCUCCUUCAUGAUCUCGACAGCCGUAAUAAGCACGGUGAAGACAUUGAUGCGAACAACGUCGACCAAUCAUACACUUCUACGUCACCAAAAUUCCCUCACCGUCACACUCCCUCUCUGGACGUUCUUAAUGAAGCCACCGAAACGACCAUCCCGGAAACCGAUGAGGACCUGUCGGAGACUAUCCCCGAAGAUGAAGAACUCAAGAUCUCACCCAAGCCACAUGUUGAUGACCUGAAAAUUCUGGAGAAUGCUACCAGUAAACUUGAGGCCCGCCGCCCCUCUGAUGAUACUAUCACCAGCCCCGCGCAAUCAAAAUUCGUGGCCGACAAGCUUGAGACAGUGACCCAGGAGCUGUUUGACCUGCGUCUCAGCCACGAGACCACUCUCACCGAAUACGAGCAGCUCGAGAGCAAGUACGAGGAAGCCCUCAAGGCCCUCGCGGAACUUCGCCAGGACAGGGAGGACGAAGCCCGUCACCCGGCCCCUGCCCAGAACCCAGAGUCCCGCCCGGUUUCUUUUUUAGAGGACGGAAGCGCUCCGACCUCGACGCGUGGAGCACAACAUUCACUCUCGCAAUCGCUCUCCUCGGAAUUGUCCUCGGCCGAGGACUCAGCUGCCUUGCGCGAAUCUGAUGCCUCUAGACUGGAGAAUGGCUCAGGCUCUGACACCCCAGUCACCAACAACACGAUUCACCCCGAAAACGAAGAGGUGGAACAGAUGCGCCGAAUGCUUGCGGAGCACAAGGAAGACGCGGAUCUCAUGACUCAAAAAUAUACUGAGCUGCAGACCGAGCACGAGGAGAUUCUCACCCUUGUUGAGAGGCUUAAGGCCGAGGCUGAGGCCCAGCGCACCAAGUCCGCUUCUCCCACCACCCCCGGUUUCAAGAUGAUCCGUCGCAUGACUAGCCAGAAUCUUCUGUCUGGUGCUGACCGUUCGCACCGAGCCCUGACCUCUCUGCGCACUAUUGGCAAUGAGGAGUUUGCUGACAAGCCAGAUAUUCUGGCUGUCUACGAGAACCACCUGGAUGCCACCAUGCACGAGCUUGCUUCGCGCAUGGAGCGCCUGCAAACCCUCGAAGCUGAGAACCAGAAUGUGAAGAAGGAAAUGGAGAUGAAGGCCACCAUCAUCUCUGGACUCACCCGUGAGAGAUCCAGCUUGCAGGGUGGCGCUUCCUCGGUGGAUAUGGCUCUUGUCACCCAACUCCGUGACCAGAUCGUUGCUCAGGAGAAUCAGAAUAAUGAACUCCGCCAAGCCCACGAAGUUAGGGAGAAGGAGCUUCAGGCCGCGAUUGAGACCCUCACGGGUCUCCUCCGUAGCCAAGAGAACGCAACAAAGGCUCUGGAUGCCGGUGCUGAGGAGCACGAGAAGAAGAUCUCCGCAUUGGAGGGUGAGCUGACCGCAUGGAAGAGCAAACACCAGACGGCGCUGGGCUCUCUCCAAGCUUCCGAACAGCAACUCACUGCCACUCUGGCCGAGCUUGAGGCCGCCAUGGCAUCUGUUGAGGCUAUGCGCUCUGAGCGCGCUGCCGGCGACAGCAGCGACGACAAGGAGGCUGUUCACCAGGACCGCGAGAACGAACGUACCAAGCAACAAGAACUCGUUGAUAGACUCAACAAGGAGAUCGAAGAACACAAGGCCACCGUCGCUACUCAAUUGGAGACCAUCUCACAAUUGGAGGCAUCCCACUUGGCUGCCCAAGAACAACUUGCCGCCCAGCAGUCUGCUAAGGGCGUCGAGGAUCCCUCCGAGGCUGACUUCGCCCGCGUCUCUGAGCUCCAGCACGAGAUUGCCAAUCAGAAGCUUGCCAUUGAAACCCACAAGGCAGACUUGGCAACCCUCCAGGACACUCAUAAGCGUGAGAUGGCCGAGCUGGAGGAGAAGACCAAGGCGGCCGCUCAGGCUGAGCACGAGGCAGAGCUUGCUGAGCGAAAUGCACAGCAUGAUCAGUCUAUGGCAGCUCUGCAGAAGGAAAUCGCGGAGUCUCGUGAUGAGCUUGUCAAGUUGCUCCAGGCUGUUUCCGGCCUUCUCAAUUCUGAUGUGACCGCUGAUACUUUGACCGACCAGCUCCAGGACGUCCUGGCUCAGAAGCAGCAUUUCUCUGACAAGUAUGCUGAGCUUUUGGAGGCCAACGAAGAGUUGCGCCAGCAAAUUGACGCCAAUGCUGCCCAGAGCGGCGAAUUGGAGGAGUUGACUAAGAAGGGCGCUGCCCAGGAUGCCAAGGUUAACGAGCUGGCUCUCUUGGUUGCUACCCUGGAGGACACUCUUCUGCAGAAGGAUGAGGCGAUUAAGAAGAAAGAGGCUCUUAUUGAAGAGAUCACCGCCGAGAAGGAGAAGAGCGUGCGACUCGUUGAGGAGCUCGAGGAGCAAAUCACUAAUAGCUUCGAUCAGCACCACAACCGUCUCUCUGUGAUCCAGCAAGAGCGUGACCAGGCCUUGGAGGAUGCCAAGGCCCGGAUCGUUGUUCUGGAGAAAGAAGCUGAGACCUACCAGGUGCGAAUUGAGCAGCUCGAGCUUCAAAUCAAGAAUAGUGGCGACGGCUCUCACGACCGUAGCAGCUCUCUGACUUCAAACCUCCGCAAGAGCUCAUCCGCAGCAUCUCUGCCCUCGCCUCCACCUGCCAUUCCCCUUCCUCCCCUCCCAUCUAUCGCGUCUCAGACCAAUGGCACUGGCAGUGUGUCUCCACCCGCCUCUCGACACGCUAGCAAGGAGCUGGUGAACGCCCAGCUUGUCGAGGACCAGGAAGCCCGCAUCCGCACAAUCGAGAAACACCUGUACGCCGAGAAGCAGCUGACUGCCACCUUGGAAGAGGCGCUUGGCGACCUCGAGGCCCAAAGCAGCAAGGUCAAGACCGACUGCGAAGCCUGGAAGAAGAAGGCCUGGGGAUUGGAAGACGAGCUCUCCACUCUCCGGAAAGAGCGCAACUCCGCCCGUCUAUCUCUGCAGGCUGUCGAGGAAGAGCGCAGUGCCCGCAAAGAAGCCGAGGCUGCGCGCGCCCAGCUAGAGGAGCGCAUGAACGCGCUCAACAAGAAAAAGAAGAAGAGCACUCUGAACUGCUUCUAG